AUGCUUCCUUCGCCACAGCUAGAUCCAGACACCCAGAGGUUUGUCAACCACCUCAAUGCAUACCUAAACGACGAAACUGACGAUACUGAGCCGGCAAGAACGUACUAUGACUUUGUUUCCUUGCAUAAGUACCUUCUCCAGGCUGGCGAUCCACUUAGUAAUCCUAUCCUAUCCACGGUGAUGCCGUUGCUCUCGAGGAUCAUGAACCUGGAGCGGUACGACGACGACUACGUGGAGUUUCUUAGAGACCUUCUUAUGCUUGUGCCUAUGAAAACUACAUGGGUGUACUUCCCUAAGGACGAGAUGCUUAAGGCUAUAGAUUACCCUAGCCCUGUGAAGUUGUUUACGGCUACGGUGGACCUUGUGGCUUGGAGAGUUAGCUGCAAUGAUGAAGAUGCCGUGGAGUUUGUGGAUACGACGGCGUUGUUGCCGAAAGCUGUGCUUCGUUGCUUGUCGGACCAUUCUAUUCCAGAUCGGUUCUGGACGGUGGAGUCUUUGGUGAAGAGCUGUGACGGGAAGCUUCUUGAUGAGAUAACGACUGACCUCAUGCAUUGCGUGGACCUUGUGGCGUUGCAGUCGGACUCGGCGUUGACUACGAGGUAUAUGGCGCUUGCAGAACGGGUUAUUUCCAGAAGACUUGAUUUGAAGCAGAUCAACUAUGCGAAAUUGAUUGCUGUGGUGGACUCGUUGAGCUUUUUUGACGAUACUGAGGAGACCAGCCCGGAUGCGUUGAUGUACAGUGUGAUUAUUGACUUCUAUACGAACCUUGUGGGGUUGAUGGAUGGCCUGGAGGCGUUGUUUCUUCUGCUUCAGCCGGUGAUUGUUCGGUGCUUGAAUGUGCUUGCCGUUUCGGUGGUGGAAAAGGCUGCUUUUGUGAGUCCUCGUUUGACUGAGCUUUUUGGGAAACUUACUUACUGUAAGGAUGAUGGAAUAGUGGCCUGGGCUAAGCAGCAGGAACCGGUUGUUGCCAUUCUUGAUAAUAUCGACCUUAAAGCGCCUUUCCAUAAUGAAAUUUUCUUGAAGACGAAUCCGGCUUUUAUUUCUAAGAAACGCCAGCUCUUUGAUACCUACUUUGCUGCAAUUGACCUAGCAUCAAUGGACUAUAUCCUUUUUGCUUGUGUUCUACAUGCAUUUGAAGAUCCAGACUUCUUCAACUUGUUUGCCAGCGAGGGCAAACUCUCCAAUUCUACGUUUUCUCGCCUUCCAAAAGACUUACUUUACAAGUUGCUUGAGAUCAUUUCUCGUCAUAACCAUUCUGCAAAACAUCUAUUGCUGGAGAUGCCCACAGUGGUGCUGUCAUAUUUGAUAGAAUUGUCUGGCAAUAUUUCUGACCGGCUGAUCAGAAACGAAGCUCGUUCAACCAUUGAAAAUCUUCUCAACAAUAAGGACCUUGACCUAGGGGUCUGGAAAGACGGACUCAGGAACUUGCUUCGCACGUUGAUCCACGGGCCCCUCAGAGGUCCUCAAGUUGAUGUUCUGGAUGAAGCACUUUAG